AUGGAUGCUAUAUUGUGGAAUCCAUAUACCAAAGAAUUUAAGGUCAUUCCUCAUAACCCUUUGUAUUACUACGACCCUUAUAAGAAUUUUGAUGUUGAUUUUCUUAGAUUUGGUUAUGACCCUGUCAAAGAUGACUAUAAAGUGUUACGCCAUGGGAAAUUAUCGACCAACUGUUUAAUAUGGGAGAUAUAUAGUCUAAGAAAUAACUCUUGGAGAAAACUUGAUGUUUAUAUGCAUCAUAAUCAUCAUUUUCGAUACAGGAAUCAAGUGAACAUGGAUGGAGUUUCUCACUGGUAG